CCGUAGCCAGAAUCAAGACUCCUUCAGGGCCGAGAAGCCGAUCGAGCGCGCGAAAAUUCCCGGAUUGAAGAUGGCGGUUGAGCGACGCUCUGGCAAUUUUGGGCCCCGCGCUUCCACUCGAUGGUCGGAAGUCCUCCGGACAUGCGGAAGCGGAAGUUAAGGUGGUCGGCGACCCGGGUUGUUUGCUGCUGUCUCAGGCUAGCCUUGGAGAGGAGCCGGUGCCGCUGGACGGGGCAGAGUGGGGCGGGACAGGACGGGAGCGGAGGGCAGCGUGUCGGCUGCUCACUGGAGCGGCAGCCACAGCAGCUCCCGCCCCCCCGAGCGCCGUCGUUGUCGCGGGCGGAGCGUGAGUCCGGCUCCGGGAUGAGCCGGAGGAGGGAAGGAGGCGGCGGUUGUGCCGCAGUUGCGCGACUGGUGACAGGGAUUAACUGCAGAAUGGAAGUUCUGAUUGCAUUGUGCCUGUUCAUCUCCUUAAUAAAGGCAGAUUCUAAAGCAAUUACAACAUCUCUUACUACAAAAUGGUUUUCUACUCCAUUAUUAAUAGAAGCAAGUGAAUUUUUAGCAGAAGAAAGUCAAGAGAAAUUUUGGAAUUUUGUAGAAGCCAGUGAAAAUAUUGGAUCAACGGAUCAUGAUGGUAGUGAUUACUCCUAUUAUCAUGAACUAUUGAAGACAGCAUUUCAUUAUCUGUCACCUCUUCAGCAGAACUUGCUGAAAUUUUCUCUGUCUCUUCGCUCCUAUUCAGCUACAGUUCAAGCUUUCCAACAGAUAGCAGCUGAUGAACCUCCACCAAAAGGUUGUCACUCAUUCUUUUCAGUUCAUGGAGAGAAAACUUGUGAUUUUGACACACUCGGAGCACUUUUACAGACGGCAUCUAAAAGACCCAAACCAAAUUUGUUCAAAGGGGAUCACAGAUAUCCGUCCUUAAAUCCUGGAAGCCCGGUGGUGAUAUUCUACUCAGAGAUUGGCUCUAAAGAAUUUUAUAAUUUCCACCAUCAACUUGUAGCAAAAAGCAGUGCAGGGAAAAUAAAUUAUGUACUCAGACACUAUAUAUCAAAUCCUAGUAAAGAGAAAGUCUACCUUUCUGGGUAUGGUGUGGAAUUGGCUAUCAAGAGCACCGAGUACAAGGCCAAGGAUGAUACUCAGGUGAAAGGAACUGACAUGAAUGCUACAGUAAUAGGUGAAAAUGACCCUAUUGAUGAAGUUCAAGGAUUCUUGUUUGGAAGAUUAAGAGAACUCCAUCCUGAUAUGAAGGAACAGUUAAAGGAACUCCGGAAGCAUCUUGUGGAAAGUACCAAUGAAAUGGCACCUCUGAAAGUUUGGCAAUUGCAGGAUCUAAGUUUCCAGACUGCUGCCCGAGUCCUGGCUGCACCUCUUGAGGUAGCUUUGGUGGUUCUAAAGGAUCUCAGUCAGAAUUUUCCUACCAAAGCUAGAGCAAUAACGAAAACUGCUGUUAAUCAAGAACUCAGAACUGAAGUAGAAGAGAACCAGAAGUAUUUCAAAGGAACUUUAGGAUUACAGCCUGGAGAGUCUGCCUUGUUCAUUAAUGGAUUACACAUUGAUUUAGACACACAGGACAUAUUUAGCUUGUUUGAUGUGUUGAGGAAUGAAGCUCGUGUUAUGGAGGGACUACACAGACUAGGAAUAGAAGACUUAUCUCUGCACAAUAUUUUAAAACUGAACAUCCAGCCAUCAGAUGCAGACUAUGCCGUGGAUAUCAGAAGCCCUACUAUUUCUUGGAUCAACAACCUUGAAGUUGAUAGUAGGUAUAGUUCCUGGCCUUCCAGUCUACAGGAGCUACUUCGACCUACCUUCCCUGGAGUUAUCAGACAAAUCAGAAAAAAUUUCCACAAUUUUAUUAUCAUCGUUGAUCCAGCUCAUGAAACUGCAGUAGAAUUGAUGAAUGUAGCUGAAAUGUUCCUCAGUAAUCAUAUACCACUAAGAAUUGGUUUAAUCUUUGUGGUUAAUGACUCCGAAGAUGUUGAUGGCAUGCAAGAUGCUGGAGUGGCCGUUCUUAGAGCAUAUAAUUAUGUUGCACAAGAUGUGGAUGAUUAUCACGCCUUCCAGACUUUGAUAUCUAUAUAUAACAAGGUAAAAACUGGAGAAAAAGUGAAGGUUGAACAUGUUGUCAGUGUUCUGCAGAAGAAAUAUCCAUAUGUAGAACUGAAUAGUAUUUUGGGGAUUGACUCUGCCUUUGAUCAAAAUCGGAAGGAAGGAAAAGCUUAUUAUGAGCAGACAGGGGUGGGUCCUCUGCCGGUUAUACUGUUUAAUGGCAUGCCAUAUGAAAAAGAUCAGCUGGAUGCAGAUGAACUGGAAACAAUUACAAUGCAUAAAAUCCUGGAGACCACAAGCAUCUUCCAAAGAGCAGUGUACUUGGGUGAACUGUCUCAUGAUCAAGAUGUGGUUGAAUAUAUCAUGAACCAACCCAAUGUUGUUCCACGAAUCAACUCUAGAAUUUUGACAUCUGAGCGGCAGUAUCUGGAUUUAACAGCAACUAAUAACUUUUUUGUGGAUGAUUAUGCUCGAUUUUCUCUUUUGGAUUCACAAGAUAAGACUGCAGCUGUAGCUAAUAGUAUGACCUAUUUGACAAAGAAAGGAAUGUCUUCCAAGGAGAUCUAUGAUGAUUCUUUUAUUAGACCAGUAACCUUUUGGAUUGUUGGAGAUUUUGACAGCCCUUCUGGAAGACAAUUAUUAUAUGAUGCUAUCAAACACCAGAAAUCCAGUAACAAUAUUCGAAUUAGCAUGAUCAAUAAUCCUAGUGAAGAACCACGUUUUGAGAACACUCGAAUCUCCAGAGCUCUCUGGGCAGCUCUCCAAACACAAACAUCUAACUAUGCCAAGAAUUUCAUCACUAAAAUGGUCAAGGAGGAGACUGCAGAAGCUCUGGCAGCAGGAGUUGACAUUACAGAAUUUGCUGUCGGUGGCAUGGAUGUUGGUCUUUUUAAAGAUGCCUUUGAUUCUUCCAAGGCAGAUUUUAUUUUGUCUCAUGCUCUGUACUGUACAGAGGUUCUGAAGUUAAAGAGGGGAGAAAGGGCUGUGAUCAGCAAUGGACGGAUUAUUGGGCCACUGAAAGAUGGUGAACUUUUUAAUCAAGAUGACUUCCACCUACUAGAAAAUAUAAUUCUAAAGACCUCGGGGCAAAAAAUCAAAUCUCAUAUUCAACAGCUCCGGGUAGAAGAAGAUGUGGCAAGUGACUUGGUAAUGAAAGUGGACGCUCUCCUCUCUGCCCAACCUAAAGGAGAGGCAAGAAUUGACUACCAGUUUUUUGAAGACCGACACAGUGCUGUUAAACUCAAACCAAAGGAAAAAGAGACAUAUUUUGAUAUAGUGGCCAUUGUUGACCCCGUUACCAGAGAUGCUCAAAGACUUGCUCCACUCCUUAUGGUUUUGACCCAACUAAUAAAUAUGAAUCUAAGAGUGUUUAUGAAUUGCCAAUCUAAACUUUCAGACAUGCCUUUAAAGAGCUUUUACCGUUAUGUUUUAGAACCAGAGAUUUCUUUUACUGCAGACAAUAGCUUUGUCAAAGGUCCAAUAGCCAAAUUCUUGGAUAUGCCUCAGUCUCCUCUGUUUACACUGAAUUUAAAUACCCCUGAGAGCUGGAUGGUAGAAUCUGUCAGAACACCUUAUGACCUUGAUAAUAUUUAUUUAGAAGAGGUGGAUAGUAUAGUAGCUGCAGAAUAUGAGCUUGAGUAUCUCUUACUGGAAGGACACUGCUAUGACAUCACAACAGGACAGCCUCCUCGGGGGCUACAGUUUACAUUGGGAACUUCAACAAACCCAGUUAUUGUUGAUACCAUAGUUAUGGCCAAUCUGGGCUACUUUCAAUUAAAAGCCAAUCCAGGAGCCUGGAUUCUCAGACUCAGGAAGGGACGAUCUGAAGAUAUUUACAGAAUUUAUAGCCAUGAUGGCACAGACUCGCCCCCCGAGGCUGAUGAAGUUGUGGUUGUUCUCAACAAUUUUAAGAGCAAAAUUAUCAAAGUCAAGGUUCAGAAGAAGGCAGACAUGAUGAAUGAAGAUUUACUAAGUGAUGGAAAUCAUGAGAAUGAGUCUGGGUUUUGGGAGAGCCUUAAGUGGGGCUUCACUGGGGGCCAGAAGACUGAAGAAGUGAAACCAGAUAAAGAUGACGUAAUUAAUAUUUUCUCAGUAGCAUCUGGACAUCUGUAUGAAAGAUUUCUCCGUAUAAUGAUGCUCUCAGUUCUGAAAAAUACUAAGACGCCUGUGAAAUUCUGGUUCUUGAAGAAUUACUUGUCACCUACAUUCAAGGAAUUUAUCCCAUACAUGGCAAAGGAAUACAAUUUCCAGUAUGAGCUUGUUCAGUAUAAAUGGCCUCGGUGGCUUCAUCAGCAGACAGAAAAGCAACGCAUCAUUUGGGGCUACAAGAUUCUCUUUCUGGAUGUACUUUUCCCUCUAGUUGUUGACAAGUUCCUGUUUGUGGAUGCAGAUCAGAUUGUUCGGACAGAUCUGAAGGAAUUAAGAGAUUUCAAUUUGGAUGGUGCUCCUUACGGUUAUACUCCAUUUUGUGAUAGCCGCAAAGAAAUGAAUGGGUACAGGUUCUGGAAGUCAGGAUACUGGGCCAGUCAUUUAUCUGGACGAAAAUACCAUAUCAGUGCACUCUAUGUUGUGGAUCUGAAGAAGUUUCGGAAGAUAGCUGCUGGAGACAGACUCCGGGGACAGUACCAAGGUCUGAGUCAGGAUCCCAACAGUCUUUCAAAUCUUGAUCAGGAUUUGCCCAAUAACAUGAUACACCAGGUGCCAAUUAAAUCACUCCCACAAGAAUGGCUUUGGUGUGAAACAUGGUGUGAUGAUGCCUCCAAGAAAAAAGCAAAAACAAUUGAUUUGUGUAAUAAUCCAAUGACCAAAGAGCCAAAGCUGCAGGCGGCUGUCCGGAUUGUCCCAGAGUGGCAGGACUAUGACCUGGAAAUCAAACAAUUACAGGGUCGUUUUCAGAAAGAAAAGGAAAUGGGAAUUAGGCAUCCAGAGAAUGAGACAAAAGAACCAAGCAUAGAAGGCCUUCCAGCACAUGUAGAAUUAUGAUCCCUGAAGGAAGAAAUGAAGUAACACUGUUUGAAAGACAAUUUUUAUAUUAAAUGCUAGGUUUUUUUCUGGUAUGUCUACACAACUGCUGAUAAAUUGGAUAGGAGGAUGUUUCCAAGCCUUUUAAAUCCUGGAAUUUUGGGUUGCUGUAUCCAAAUGAAUUAUUUGGCUCCAGAUCAUUGGAAUUAAGAUUAUAUUGGAUUUGUACUGAUGCAGAAUAGCUGGUUGGUCGGUUCUAGAGUUUUGGAGAAUGAAUCUUCCAGGGGUUUCUUCGAGAAGCAGUUAUGUAAUCACAGAGAAAUACAGCGGCAGAUGAACAGAACACAUGUUCUUUGGGAUCCACAUCACCUCAGUCAAGAGCACACCCACAAUACCUAGUCAUGGGGAGCAGAAUGUCCAAAGUGCACGAGUUCUUACCUCAGUUUUUGUGUUGUUGCUGGAGUUAAGUUCUACAAGCUAUACUGUAGUGUGCUCUGAAUGGAUCUUAUUUUGUAAGAGUGAUGUUCACAUGAUCUGUGUGGUUUGAGGUUUACAGAAAUUUGUUCCCCGUUUCUGAAUAGCAGAUAUGUUGUGUAGUAGAGACUUGACUUAUAGAUCAUCUGUUUCCUCAGGACUAGCUCAAUACAAAGGCUAAAUUCAAUUGGAAGCUACCCAGUGUUUUGGGGGUGUGGUUUGGGGUUGGGGUGAGGUGGCAUCCACUUGCAAGUUGGUCACCAUCUCUUAUGACCCAACAGUACCACAGUGUCUUUUUAAAAAUAAAAAUGUCCCAUCCCCCAACCAUAUAAACCUUUUGGUUCAUUGUUUCAUAAAUUUAAUUUUUAUAGUUUUUCAUUUAAUUUUGAGGGCAGGGGGAAAAGUCAAAUCUUACAGCUGAUAUAUUUAACAAAAACCAAGGUACAUGAAAUCACCAUAAUCAUAUACCAGGUUAUUACAAUAAUAGGAUUAAGAGGGAAUUCUGAAGGCCUUCUGGGCAGCUCACCCACCCUAUGUGUUGGUAGGGUUUUAUUUAAGUAAACCUAGUGAUGAUACCUGUACUUUUGUCAAGGGUUAAUUUCAGAACCUCAGUACUGGUUACCCAAGAGCUUCAUUAUUGUGAUUGUCAUCCCUUUGCACAUUACCUUGUGUUGCUUUUCAUUUAUUGUUUUGUUUUUAUGCUCUUGCAGAUGUUACUUGAGAAGACAAAUACUUUGAAUCCACAUAGCUUCAUUAUCAGCUGAAAGAAUCCUAAACAUGGCCAGUCCAGCAAAUGCCUUCUAUGUCUUAAUUUUUAUACAGCCCUGAAUCACCCUGAUGUUUUUUCCCACAGAGGUGACUCUCUCAUGAGACUGACCAUAGACCUGUGGACAAAUACACCAGGUGUGUGACAUGGCAGGAUAAACUUUGGGGCACCCACCAAGGCAGUGUUGAGCUCUUUAUGUGAAUCUCAGUAAGCUAUAUGUGAACAUGACACUCGUGCAUAUUGCUUAUUCCAAGAGAGGUAGGAGCUAUCAAACCUGCCUUUAAAAGCACAGCAAAUUCUCAUGUUUUCAUAUUUCACCUGCUUAAAAAAUUUUUUAUAUUUUUCUAAAAUGAAAAACCAGCCAUCUCAAAUCUGAUGCUGAUUUUCAGUCAUGUAUUCAUUUGAAAUCUUUCUAAAAAGCAAAAGUUCAUCAAGCAUUUCUUUUAUAGAAAUUUGGGAAAUUGCUAAAAGAGCUCAUUAUUCACCUUGUGCAGAAGUAAAAAGUAGAUUAAAGAUCUGUACUAGCAAAAUGAAUUUAGCAGUUACCAUUCACUUUUUAAGUAGUAUUUUGGGGCAGUCACUUCUGGUUACAGGUGCUUUGUUUUGUUUGUAUCAUUCCCUCCUUUUACCCCUAAAAACAUAAAGGAGCAGGAGAGAAUUUGACGAAACCCAGGUCUGUAAUACCUUUGCCACUAGCAGUUGCUGCAACAUAACUCCUUCCCCCAGAGCUUCUGAAGACUUAGUUGAAGGAUUAUGAACAGUAAUGAUUUAAGCACUCUUACUAUGAACAAGCAGGAUUGUCUGUACUUCUUCAAUUAAGUUUUAUUUCACCGUCAGAGGUUACCAGCCCCAUGGGGGAAAAAUCAUGUCCAAAAAUAUAUGUUCUAUGUCUCCUCAAAAUUUUGGUAUGGCAGUAGGAAAUAACCAAGUAAACAUGAUAUUAAUUUUUUAAACUUCUUUGUGGUGAUGAUUUUUUAAAAAGAGGAUCUACACUUGAGGAUUAUUUAAGGGUACCAGGUUUCAUCUUUCUCAGUGUCUUCCAGUCAAGUUUUCUGUUGACAUAACUGCUUCCCAUAAAGAGAUUGAAGUACAAACCUUCAUGUAGAGCAAAUGCUCUUUCAUCAUCCUUAUCAUCUCUGUAGAUAAUCCAUCUUGUUAUAAAAAAGAUGGUUGAAUAGUUUACCUAAUAUGCAAGAAGGUGCCUUGGAAAUGGUUUUGUUCUUCCCAACCAAUCAUUCUUUUGCUGGUUAGCACAGCUUAAAUAUUUGAUUAAUAUUCAAUGCCUCAGAAAAUGUUACUGUUACUUGAACAAUGGGAUAAAGUCAUCUUUGACUUUGCCUCCAAAAAAAAGGGUAUGGCAGAAUGGUUAGGAAAUAGAUCAGUUUAGAAAUUGAGAUUGAUUGUACUGAAUCUCAUUUAAGUUAGGGAAAUACUGUUCAGUGUGGUUUUUUCUGAUUAGUGAUAGAAAUGUUCAACAGCUGCUUUUGAAAAAAGGAAAAGCCAACAUUUGUGUGGAAUUGAUUUAUUAUUUUUUUGUAUUGUUAUACCACGUGGAAAAUUUUCUUUCCAAAAUAGUUCUGGAGAGAAAUGAUUUGAGCUUGUAACUAUCUUAUGUUCUAUGAACAGUGGUAUUUAUUUGACUGGGAUCUGAAAACUCUGCAUACAGCCUAUAUGUGGGAGAACUGUGGAGCAUAUCAUAUUUGUGCAUAAUAUGGACUUAACUUUGAGCCACCCCCUUCCCCUUUCAUCAAGAGUAAAUAAGUUGGCUAUCCACAGUUAAUGGAGUUUUGAAAUGUGAUAAAAUAGUACAUUUUAAAUCGAAUCAACAAAGAUCAAAUACUUACUUUGUGCAAGGCGCUAUUUAUCUGAUGUACAACCUCACCCCAUGGGAAUGCCAAAAUAUAUGUAUUAAAAUACUGCUGCCUUUUCUUAGCCACUGGGCUAGAUUACCCUUCCUUAUCUACACAUCAACAUGCUAAAGCAAAACAAAGGCAAUAGUCCUAGUCUGAGAGGCAAUAUAGUAUGGUGGAGAGAGCACUGAAUUUGGGGUCAGAAGCACUGGGUUCAGAUUCCCCCCAUGCUACUUUGACUAUCUUUGUGACUUUGGGCAAGUCACUUAUCCUCUCUCUGUUUCCUUAUCAGUAGUUGAACUAGAUUGAUUUUUAACUACUUUUGCUUAUAGGAGGACCAGGAAUCAACUAGAGGACUCCAAGUGGAAAGAUGGCAAGAAUCAGGAGUACCAUUUUUCUUAAACCUUAAAAGUGCUAUAUAAAUAUAAAUUGUCAUUAGUGUUCUUAACGAACAGAUGUGGUUCACUGAGGAAGAGGGCUAAAGUCCCACAGUUUAAACAGGGAUAACAAUUUGGUUUGAGGGUGGUGGUUGGCAUAUCCUAAAUGAUGCUGCUGGUUAUAACAGUGUGUUUGAAAUGCCAAGCCGUGCAUAGUUAAUUUAUCAUUCUAUCUUCUGUAAUUUAACAUAGCUUUUUCACCCAUAUCCGACUCAGUCUGAAUGCAAUCUUUCAGAUUAUUUAGCCUGAAAGAGUGCAAUUAGGAACGUUUAGUAUAUAUUGUUUGAAUGCUAUAUUGGUCACAUACUAAUUGGUGAAGUAUAAAAUGGUUGCAAAAACCACUUGAUAGCAGUCUUUCUUUUGGUAGAAGAAUGGAUGGUGAGGAUUUUUUUCUGUGUGCUACCCCAGGACAAGGCCACACAUAAAUAUUGGUGUGCUGUUUUGUCAUUUGGGUGACUUGCUUUUUAAAGACCUAGAUUUUGUGGAACUACUUUAUAGGAAGACUGGAGUAACAGUUUAUAAGCUAUUUGAUGGAAAAAGACAGCCCUAACUUAACGAAGUAGCUGAUGAUUUCAUUAGUCUAACUAGGGUGAUAUUUUUAAUUUCAAUCUGUGUUUCCUAAAUCUGAUGUGUGUGUGUGGGGGGGCGGGAAUUCCUUGGCAGAGUGUUUGUAAUGCCAGUAUCUGGUAUGCAUUGAAGCAAAUAGACCAUAUUCUGUCAAAUAUCAUUUAGAUUUCAAAACACUGUGCAUCUUUUGGGAUUCAGAAUACAUUUGGAUUUCCUUUCUGUACUUGGUUUUUUGAAUUCUGUAGUUGAUAUAGAAGUAUCACAGGUUUGGAAAAAGAAAAGUUUAGGAUUAUAUUACAUGGUGAUAAUUCUUGUAAUUUCUAUAAAACUACAGGAAAGAAACAGUCUCUCAGGAUUUCAAGUGUUUUUCUAUUUGGAUUGUGCCUUUUAAUGGAAAACCCCUUAGGAAACCUAGACUCCCCUCUAUCCCCAAAUAUUUUUCACUGUUUAAACUACCUAUUAUCAAUAAUGGUUUUGCAGACAAGAAUCUGAAGGGAAUCCAGUUGUACUCCAGUUACAGAGAAGGUGUUUGACCAGCUUGAUCAGUAUUUUAUAGUAAAAGUUGAUUGCUUCUUACUGAUAUGUUGUUAUCACUGGGCUUUUUUUUUUAAGCUUUAAUUUGAUUAAUCUUAUGACCAACCUUAACAGCAUAGAGGCUAAAGAGAGGAGCAAAUUGAUUUGUAAAAUGAAAUUCACACCCCUGUUCUACCUGUCAUAAAUAAUAACAAUGGCAUAGCUAUUUUAGAACAUUCCAGAUGUUUUUGUUUGUUUGUUUUAACAUUUAUUAAUUCGAAAUCCAGGUUUAAUUUAUCCUUUGCCUUGCUUCUCACCAUCUGAGUUUCCUGAGAUAAGGGUAUGAUUCCCUCCAAAAAGAAAAAUAUGGGGUAAAAUGAUGAAAAUUCAAUAGAAGUUGACUGUUGAGAAGUCUUUAGAGGAAGCAAAAGAUUCUUAAGAUUUACUAUCAGCUACUGGAAUCUGUGGUAAUGAAGAGGCAAACAUGUACAAAGGGAAAAAAGGGUGUUAGAAUUUUAAAGAAACUAUGUACUUUUUUAAUCUUUAUAAAUAUUCUAUUUUACUGUAAUUCUGUUAAUUAAUGCAAUGCAGAGUUCAGGUGCUGACACUUGCUUGGGAGCAAGCUUUGGGAUUUUAAAUGUCUGCAGAACUCUACAGCCAGAAGUGAAUUGAAAAUGAAUUUCCUCUUACUGUAAUGCAAAUGAGGCCCGCUCAACACAAUAAAUUGUUUCCUCCCUUCUUUCAAA